AUGCGGACGUUACGUGAAAUUGGUCAGGAGAUCCGCAAGUUUGGGCUGGAGUACUGUGACUUGCCGACCAUGUUCGAAAACGUUGCGAUCCUGUUGAGACUUCUCACGCUCAAUAUUGACAUCAAGUAUAAAGGAGGCAUAACAUUCUACUCGUACAUAAUAACGAUAGUGUCAGGAGCCUGCUACUACUAUGUGUUCUUCUUCUCCAUGACGUGGUACGUCUUCUGGCGCAGCAGGGAGUUGGGGGAGGACAUCGGCGCCAUGAUUAUACUGUCACUGGGAAUCACCAGCGAGAUCGGACCUUUGAAGCUGUUCUAUAUGAGUUAUAAGAAAGAUAAAACCCAAAAGAUUGCGAAUGACUUUCUCGAGUGUGACGCGAACACUAUCAAAAGCACGCGGUUCUACGCGAACCUGCUGAAACACUGCCGCACCGUGAAGAAGCGAGCCAUGCUGUACUGGAUCGUGGUGGCCGGGAACGGAGUCAUCUACCUCCUGAAACCUAUCACCAUGAAGGGACGGAACCUGCCUGAAAACUACUUUCUUAUUUUUGGACUAGAACCAAUAUUCGAGACACCAAACUACCAGAUAGCAUACUGCAUGAUGGUGUGCGCAUUAUUCUUCGUUUGCUACGUCCCAGCUUGCGUGACUGCCUUCCUCAUCGUGGUCACAGGGUACGCUGAGUCUCAAAUGUUAGCUUUAAGCGAAGAAAUGAUCCAACUAUGGCCUGAUGCCAUCAAACGUGCUGAGGAAAGAACACAGCUAGACCCUUCGAAAGUUCUAGACGUUUAUAACCAAGAAGUGAAGACGAUAAUGAACCAGUUUGUUGAGAAACGCCUGAAGGAGAUUAUAAAGAGACAUGCGCUGGUUAUAAAUCUGUUGAACCAGGUGGAGAUAGUGUUUCGCCAAGCUAUAGCGAUGGGUUUCGUGCUGUUGAUUGUGGGGCUGCUGGCUGAGCUGCUGGGAAAGCUGGAGAACACGUUCCUGCAGAUGCCUUUUGCGUUUAUGCAGGUAUCAAUCGACUGCUUCGCGGGCCAGCGUGUUAUGGACGCUAGCCUGGUCUUCGAGAAGGCGGUAUACGACUGCCGCUGGGAGAACUUCGACAAAGCCAACAUGAAGCUGGUGCUGGUGAUGCUGCAGAGCUCCCAGAAGACCCUCGCCUUGUCUGCUGGAGGCAUCUCGACCCUGAGCUUCACUGCGCUCAUGUCUAUCUACAGGGGUCUUUAUUCCUCGUACACUGCGCUUCGGUCCACUGUGAAGUAG